CAGUUUGCGACGCGCGCGCUCGGUCACAAGCGAACGACGAGUGCCGGAGUUUGGAUCGCGGCCUCCCGUGUGGCUUCCUCGUCGUCUCGGAAACUUUUGGGGGGUUUCGCCCACUUUGUUAUGGGCCACUAAAACCAUUUUUUUUCUCUCCCGGAGGCCCUUCCGCACAGCGACUUGAAAGCCAGCCGCCCGAAAGCGUCCAGCCAGCCGUCCGCCGCCAUGGGGAAACAGAACAGCAAGCUGCGUCCCGACGUCAUGCAGGACCUGAUGGACAACACGGACUUCACGGAGCACGAGAUCAGCGAGUGGUACAAGGGCUUCCUGCGGGACUGCCCCAGCGGCGCCCUCUCCAUGGAGGAGUUCAAAAAGAUCUACGCCAACUUCUUCCCCUACGGCGACGCCUCCAAGUUCGCCGAGCACGUCUUCCGCACCUUCGACGCCAACGGCGACGGCACCAUCGACUUCCGGGAAUUCAUCAUCGCGCUGAGCGUCACGUCCCGCGGCCGCCUGGACCAGAAGCUCAAGUGGGCCUUCAGCAUGUACGACCUGGACGGCAACGGCUACAUCAGCAAGGCCGAGAUGCUGGAGAUCGUCACGGCCAUUUACAAGAUGGUCUCUUCGGUGAUGAAGAUGCCGGAGGACGAGUCGACGCCUGAGAAGCGCACCGAGAAGAUCUUCAGGCAGAUGGACACGAAUCAAGAUGGUAAGUUGUCCCUGGAGGAGUUUGUGGAGGGCGCCAGGAACGACCCAUCCAUCGUUCGGCUGCUGCAGUGCGACCCGAGCGGCGCCGGCCAGUAGGCGGCCGGCUCGCUUCUCUCUCUUCCUCUCACCCACUUCUUUUUUUUUUUUGUUAGUUCAUCAUUGAAAAUGACCAAUAUCAUUUGAAAGGACACAUUUGAAGGACCGUAUUGCCGUACGCGCAGGACUUGUUUUAAAAAAAAAAAAAAAGAGUGGAUUUGGCGGGUACGGAAGUGCACUGAACCCCUGUUUGCUGCUGUGCUUUUUGUGUUGGAAAGAUUCAGUGAACCACAACUACUGGAAGUGGAGCAUCGUGACAAAUCUUUAUUUUAUUGUGUUUUUCAUUUCUGAAAGAUGUGAAUUUCUGAAGGAGGAAUGUUACAGUCGAGUCCCAAAUGAGCAGCACGCCAGCUGGACAUUUAGAGAUAUAUUCAUACAAAAAGAAUCUUUUGUUCCUCUGCGGUUUUGUUUCUUUUUAGAAUUUCAACAAAAUGCACCAACUAGGAGCUCGGCGCUGGUGGUGCAAAAAAAAGAUUAUUUUUUUUUGUUUGUAAUUGUCCGGUAAAGUCUGACUUGUGAACAUAAAUACAUUUUGUAGAUACAUUUAUUUAAAAUUGUAAAGAAUUGUAUUGUAACUAAUUUAAACGAUAUCACUUCAACUCGAAAUGUUAUAGUCGAUGCUUAUUCAUCUUUUCAACGAGUAAAAUUAUUUUUGUAAUGAUUUUCCAGUUGAAAUUUGUUUUAUGCUAAUGUAUUUUUACCAAAUAAAAAUACAAUCGUUUCAACUA